AUGAGAAAUCAUGUGAUAGAAUGCAAGACUUUAACCGGUAACAAAGCUGGAAGUAUUAUUCUUAUCCCAAGACUGAAUCUAAUUCCAAAUAAUGAAACAUUACCGGUUAGGUUUCAAAGAAGACAAUUCCCAAUUAUCAUGUCAUUUGCAAUGACAAUAAAUAAGUCCCAGGGACAAACUCUAUCGAAAGUUGGAAUUUACCUUCGAAGGCCAGUUUUCACCCAUGGUCAAUUGUAUGUUGCGUUAUCAAGGGUAACGAGUAAAGAUGGUCUGCGAGUACUGUUGCAAGAUCAUGGACACUUAAAAGAUAAUUGCACGAUGAAUGUGGUAUCAAAGGAUAGCGUCGAAUUGUUAUUUAGUAGGUUUAAAUUAUUUAUUGGAAUGAGACACUGA